AAGUUAGUUCAAAAUGGUGCAGGUGGUUUGAUGCUAUAGCUCUUUGUGUGCAUGCCAAGAAUUUGUUUCUGUUUUAAGAGCUGAAGCUUUGCCUAAGGCUGGAUAUGCAUUAGUUAUCUUUAUUUUUUAAAAAACACAAAGAAAAUCGUAUGCUUUUAAAGUGCAAAAUAAAAAAAAUACAGUGAUGGGAUCAAUCUCACCAGAUAUAAAGCGACUUUUGAAAGAUUGUUUGCUGUAUGUAUCGGACAUCCUUAGCGAUGAGAAUCUAAGUGAAGAUGCUGAAGAGAUGCGGGAAGUCAUAUUGAACAAUUUCAGGGUUGUUCUUUCAAAAUAUCCUGAGGAUAUACCCCUUCCAUUGGACUUCAGGGAAGACGAUGGUUCUGAUGACAACCGCAGCUCCAGUCUGGGUCGCUCUGCCCCAUCAGACGAUGCCUCAGGAGCCUCCGACUACCAGGAUGAUGGAGGCCCAGAGAGCGCGGAAGACAACCCCCUUGUGGCCGCCCAGGACCUCCACCCCGUCCUGAAGCAAGGAUACUUAGAGAAGAAACGAAAAGACCACAGCUUCUUCAGCUCAGAGUGGCAAAAACGAUGGUGCGUCAUCAGCAACUCAGUAUUCUACUACUAUGGCAGUGAAAAAGAUAAGCAGCAGAAGGGUUCCUUCUAUAUCACCGAGUACAGUGUACAGAUGGUGACCAACGCGAGACGAGACUCAAAGAAAAAUGCCUGUUUUGAGCUUGCCGCGCCAGGACGACGGACUUUCCAGUUCACUGCCAGCAGCCCUCAGGAGGCCAGAGAAUGGGUUGACCAAAUCAAUUUCCUACUUAAAGAUCUCAGCUCCAACUCAAUACCCUGUGAGGAUGAGGAGGAGGACUACAGGGAGAGGGAGGAGAAUGAGGGGACAUACGAUGACAUUGAAGGGGUGACCGGCCUUCCUCCGCCCAGGCCCGAAGCUGCCCUGGCCCCUCUGAGACACGGAGGACGGCGAGAUGAGGGGGAGGACCAGGAGGAGGAUGAAGAUAUCUAUGAAGUGGUUCCAGAUGAAGAUUUGUCCUUUCAGAAGGAUGAUGACGGUGAUGAGAAGAACAACAAACCAGAUUACGGCAACUACUACCAGGGUUUAUGGGAUUGUCGAGCUGACGAGCCAGAUGAGCUGUCCUUCCACAGAGGAGAUCUCAUUUACAUCAUUAGCAAGGAGUACAACAUUUACGGCUGGUGGGUGGGCGAGCUGAACGGCACCAUGGGCAUCGUCCCCAAGGACUUCCUGCACCCUGCUUACAUCCUCUGAGCACCAACAGAAACCUGCAGCAGCUGCUGACAAAACCAGACACCAGUUUCCAUAAGUGUAAAUUUAAAAAAUAAAGUCAAACACAUUUCUCUAAAUCCAGCCACAGAUUUAGAGAAAUGUGUUUGACUUUAUUUUUUAAAUUGUUGUGAUUUUAUCAAUUCAUGGUUCUUGUGAUAAAUCUGUGCACCAUAAAAUAUUAUAAAGCAGAGGUCUCCAACCUUUUUUCCUCUGAGAGCUACCUUUACAAAAUUAAAAUGGAGUUUUGGGAUUCAUUUUUAUUGAAGAAUAUAAUAAUAAUAAUAAUAAUAAUAAUAAUAAUAAUAAUAAUAAUAAUAAUAAUAAUAAUUGGCAUUGUUGCAGUCCACAAAGAACUUCCAGGUAAUGAAGGCCCAGCAUUGUUCCUCCAUUUUGCUCCUGUGGGCAAUGUGUGUGUAGAUGAUAUUAUAUUUUGGUUUAGUUUAAUUAUUUGGGUUUUUUUUAUAUAGAUAUGAUACUUUUAGCAUUUGGUUGAACAGAUGGAUUGAUAUCUUGUUUCUAAAAGAUUUUAUUUUUUGGGAUCCAGUUGUGUGGAAAAAUAAAACGACAGUAAAAGAAAAUAUCAAAAAUUCAUCAGAUGUGUCACAUUUGGCUCAAUUCUUUGAUUUUUAAUAAUUUAUGAGUGACUUAAUGUAGUGUGCCUUGAUCUAAUGAUAACAGAGUUAGUCUUCUAAAUGAAAAAUCGUAGGUUUAAAUGUUGUCUCUUGUGUAUUUUUAAAUGUUGACCAAAUUAGAUUUAUUUUAUUUUUCUGCACAAUGUCGCCGCCUGUUGGGCUUAGUGAGCACAACUGACUGCACUUUACACGUGUAUUAUCAUUAUAAGUAUCAUUAUUUAUCAUUAUUUUAAUUUUUUUAUUUGAUUUUUGAAAGAUAUCUAUUUCAUUCAUUUUCCACAUGGACAGUUUAGCGUAGGAACACAUUUUAUGAUGAAAUCUUGUCAAGCAAUGCGGUCAGUUGUUCGGCUUAGCUCCGCCAACAACAAGAUCCGGCCAAUAGGUUGUCUGCACGUCACGCCCUUACGUCACGGGAACUUGUUGAUAAGUGCAAUUGCUCUUCUCAGACAACAGAGGGCAAUAGCACUCAUCAACAGGUUCCCGCUGAAACGUUGACGUCAAUGUUUAGGCGGGAACUUGUUGAUGAGUGCAAUUGCUCUUUUUAGACAAUAGAGGGCGUGACGUACAGACAACCUAUUGGCCGGACCUUGUUGUUGGCGGAGCUAAACCGAACAACCGACCACAUUACUUGACAAGAUUUCAUCAUAAAAUAUGUCCUUACGCUUAACCGCCCAUGUUGAACAUGAAUAAAAUAAAUAUUUUUCGGUGGAAGAAAACCAAAUUAAAACAUGAAAAUAAUGAUAAAUAAUGUGAUUACUUAUUCAAAUAGGUUUAUAUCUCAAUAUUAUAAUAAUAAAUAAUAAUAGUAUAUACUUUUACUACUGUUUAAAAUCGAUGUAACUAAAGCUAAGUUCGGUACCACACAUUUAUGUCUUUUGACGUUUGUAGACUUGUAGAGUAAAAAAACAAAACAAACAAUAACAGCAUAUUUGUUCAUUUUUCAGCAAUCCACAAGACACUAUUUAAACCAGCAAUUACUAAAUCAAGGACCACUACAUCAGUCACUUACGAACUAUCAAAAAUCAAUAAAAAGAGCAAAAUUGGACACUUAAGACUUUGAUACUUUGUUAUGUCAUUUUAAAAUGUGUUAGAAACAAAAAAUCGUCAAAAACAAGAAACUAAAUAUGGACCGAUCUAUAUAUUGUUCACCAAAAAUUCUAUAAAUACACUAUUAAAAAUCUUUUUUUUUUUUUUUUCUGGAUUAAAAAUUACAAGACAAACAGAGACAAAUCUUUUGAAAUAGAAUUUUAUUUUUGGGGGGUGUUGACGCAUUCUGAAUAUUCAGAUUUGGUGGAUAUGUCUCUAAAUGUAGCUUAAUAGUAUAAUGAGAAAAAUGUAUAACUGAAAAA